GUCAAGAUUGCUGACUUUGGUGUGAGUGCAAUAAUGGCAAGCACCUCUGGACAGGCAAAUACUUGCGUUGGUACAUACCACUAUAUGUCUCCUGAGAGAAUCAGCAGUGAAAUUAGUGAAGGAUCACAUAACUACAAAAGUGACAUUUGGAGCAUGGGUAUAGUAUUGCUGGAGUGUGCAACUGGUCAAUUCCCAUAUUCCCCUCCAGACCAGGGUGAAGUCUGGGCUAACGUCUUUGAACUCAUGGGAGCUAUUGUUGAGCAACCUGAACCUCGCGCACCUUCUGACCAAUUUUCCCCAGAGUUUUGCUCAUUCAUAUCUUCAUGUUUGCAGAAGGACCCAAAAAAUAGACUGUCAACACGUGAACUUUUGACUCAUCCAUUCAUGAACAAGUAUGAGAACCUGCAAGUAGAUUUCUCAUCUUACUUCACAAAGACAGGCUCUCCAUAAAACUUCUGGUAAGUAAGCGUGAACAGCUCUUCUUCAAGAACUGGUUAAAGAAUGUUUGCCACUAAAAAAGGUUAAUCCAAUUGCAACUCUUUUCCACUAGCAUUCUGCCAUAACAACAGCUGAAGCAUCUUGUCGUGUACAUGCGUGUAUUAUAGGAAUUAUUUUUCUGGCUGUAUAGCCUACAAACACUGUACUAAAAUAUUGUCAGCCACUGAAAUUUCUUGCUUACUAAAGACUAAGACCAUGAAAAAAUCUAUCAAUCAGGCCUUGAAUCUUUUUAUUAAAA